GCGCCCCCUUUUGACAACAAUUCCUAAGUUACAAAAUUUAGGCUGCUAACGUUAGCUUAUUCUGCCUGUGGAAUUUGUACUUUAAAUUUCGACAGUCCUAAUUAGUAACGGAGAAAUUAGGUGAAGGUAUCACCAGGAUGAUUGGAUCAAGGUCACUUCUCAUCAGAGUACCACUACCAACCUUCUCUAGUAUCAUCCACCGUGUGAGGGAAGGGCUGCAAGAAGUAGGAGAACUUGUCUACCCUUCCAGAACAAGCAAAAUUUGCAAAAGAACGACAUCCAACUCACAUCCUAGGCUCAUUCAAUACAAGUCUGGCAAAUCCUCCUCAACAAUAGGGUUACGGUCAACACCGUUAAAUUGUCAGUUUUCAUACCCAUCUUUGCAGGCAUCAGCAUCUCCUUUGCAAUCAUCAGAAUCAUUGUCAUUACGGCUGUGUAGUUCUUCAGUAAACUCACUGAAUCAUUCCCAGGGGCAUUCAAGAUUGCUUGAGUGCAGUGAUGAGAGAACUCAGGGAAUCGCGGAGAAAGAUUUUAUCAUUAUUGAAAACUUUGUCACAGAAGAAGAGGAGAAUUCUUUACUGAGGGAAGUUGAAAAGUUUCUGAAAAAAGUGCACUAUGAAUACGACCAUUGGGAUAAUGCAAUACAUGGAUUCAGAGAAACAGAGAAAUCUCGCUGGUCUGAGGUUAAUAGUCCUAUCAUUCAAAGGAUCCGGGACCAAGCCUUCCCGGCUGGUUCCCCACAGCUCACCCUAGUACAUGUCUUGGACCUGGCCCAGAAUGGUUACAUUAAGCCUCAUGUAGACAGUGUCAAGUUUUGUGGUUCAACCAUUGCUGGGUUGUGUCUGUUAUCUCCUGUAGUCAUGAAACUAGUCCAUGAAGAAAACAACAAUCAAUGGGUCAAUGCACUUCUUAACCCAAGGAGCCUAUAUAUAAUGAGAGACAGAAUGCGGUAUGACUACACCCAUGAGGUCUUAAAAGAAGAGGAAUCGGUCUUCAGAGGGAACCAUGUACCAAGACAAAGACGUAUCUCCAUCAUGUGUCGUACUGAAGUACCUCAAUCUUCAUAGCAAGAAUAUAUUGGAAAUCAUCCGUGUUAAUUUCUGAAGCAAUUUUGAACCCCCUAAAUAGCAUUUUCUACAAUAUGAUGAUGAUCAUCAUCCCCACUGUCAUCAUUGUCAUUCUGAUUACCAUCACCUCUAUCAUCAUAAUCAUCAUCAUCAUCAUUACAACUAUCUUCAUUACCAUCAUCAAAAUCAUCACUUUUUUUCAUUUUAACAUAAGUACAUUUAGGCCAAGCUUCUAUUUUGCAGCUGAAAUUUGAUGUCCUUUUCUUUAAAACCAAACUUUGACUUGUGGAAUUUUUAUAGAUUAAGAAUUUAUUCUGUAAGUUUAAGAUGGCAAUUCAAGACUGAUAUAAGUAAACUGCAGUUGAAGAUAACACAAAGUAUAUUACUAAGACUUUCAAAAAACCAGCAUGAAGUAAAUAAGCUGUUUGCAUGAAUCUCUUAUAAUGAUGCACCAAAAUAAUUCAAGGACAUACAAAUAUGAAAAACAUACAAAAACAGUCUCAUUUAUGUAUAUAUUUAUUUUAAUUCAUAUUUCACAUCAUUGCUUUGAAAUAAUUAGAAAUUAAUAAUAAUUAAGAUCUGCUUCAUUGUUAUGUUAUUUCAAACAAAAAGCCUUUUUUUGGGGGGGGGGGGUCUCUCCCAUACAUGAAUUUUCAACUGACCUGAGCAAAAUUCUCGAGUGGGCUAUUGCACAAUUUUGCUCAAAAUUUCCUAAUAACAUGAUUUAACCAAUCUUGGUAGAUUCCUAUAAGGGAAUCUUCUUCAUUAAUGGGUAUAUCAGGGAAACAAUUACAAGGGCGCUUGAGGUGAUUUCACCCCUGAAAAUCCCCAUUCACUAAAGUGUUGCAAUAGAUACAAUGUUGCAGAUUUAGGCAGUAGAUAAUGAAAAGCAGCCUCCCCCCAAAAAAGCUUUUUUUGUCGAGGUAUAUCCUUCAUUGAGAGGGAGGGAGUAAGUGUUACAGAUGGUUCUUGGGCAAAUGCAAAGCGUGUCCUGAAGUCUCGAAUAUCCAUCCUCCGCCACCCCUGUGCCCAUAUAAAGCAAUACGCCUAUGCCGCAGGAGCAGCACCCAGACUACCUCUGGCAAUAGAAAUACCAAAAUGAAAUAUUAAAAGUUAUGGAGGAAAUUCUUAUCAAGUUUGCUUUUAGAGGAGAGGGUGUAGAGAGGAGUCAUAUUGUUACAAAUAAACAAUGAGGUAAAUAAUUUAUUGGUUGGAUUGCUUAACUAAGCUAGUCGUACAGACUGUUUCACCCUAAGGCUCAUCAGCGACUGAUUAGUAUGAAGAACACAAUUUUGGGACAGAAUAAAGUAUACAGAGCAUGUGCAUUAGGGUAUAACAUUGGGUUGACAGAGAUGAAAGGGGUUACUGAAGGGGUACAUGUGUAUUGUUUAUUACAUCAGGGGUACUUAGGGGUCAUUACUACAUGGUUACAUGUGAGGGGGGGGGGGGGUAAUGAGGUAAAUAGAAAUUCAGGUCAUCAGCUAUUGCCACUAGGGAUACUAAUGCAGAAGACAAUAAGAUCGUACUGUUUUUAUAAUUGUUGUGAAGCAUGACAUUACUUUGUUUAUUUUGCAUGGCCUGAAUCAUAUGAUCCAAGGAAGGGUUGGUACAUUAAAAAGAAAUAUUUUAAUAUUUUAAAUAAAAUAAUAAAAUGAA